AUGGGGGAGGCGGCGGGAGGCAGCGCGGUCCCUCCGCUCCCACCGUCGGAGGCGGUCGGGGGGCAAGUGAACGCUUUGACCGUUUUGGCUUUACUGGAGAAACUGGUCUCGAUGUUGGAAGCGGUGGAAGGGCAGCAGAGACAGAUGGAGCAAAGGCAACGGGGUUUAGAAGGGGCGGUGCGGGGUAUUCAGGGGGAUUUGGGGAAACUGUGCAGAAGUCACGGGGCGACGGGGGAAGCGGUGGAGAAGCUGCUGGAGAAGUCGCGGAAGGUUUGCGCUCACACCCGCGCCGUCCGGGAGCGGCUGGAGAGGCAAUGCGACCAGGUGCGACGCCUGGAGCAGCAUCACGCCCAGCUGCUCCGGCGGGAUCGCUUCAAGGUGCUCAUCUUCCAGGAGGAAAAUGAGAUCCCUGCCAGUGUUUUUGCAAAAGAGCCUAUUCCCAGCAUUACAGAAGGAAAAGAGGAGCCUGUGGAUGAGAACAAGACACUGGAAGAAACCUUGCACACAGUGGAGUUGGGUUCAGAUGAUGAAAUGUUUCACGAGGAAGAUGAUCUGGAUGACAGCGCAGAGGAGAAAACGGAAGAAUCAAGAGCUGAGAAACUGAAGAGAACCAGCCUCAAGAAGGUCGACAGCCUCAAGAAGGCAUUUUCCCGCCAAAACAUCGAGAAGAAGAUGAACAAGAUCAGCACGAAGAUUGUCUCACCUGAACGGAGAGAAAAGAUCAAGAAAUCACUUACUGUACAUCAUCAGAAAUCCUCCUCUUCAAAGAGCUCACCUUUCAAAGUGUCUCCCCUCACGUUCAACCUAAAGAAAACCCGUGAAGGAGAAAGCCCUGCUGAUGCUGAGGACACAGCAACAGAAACCACAAGCAAGGACCAAGCUGAGAAUGAGGAUGAAAUGUCAUUCGGUGACGCGCAGUCAGAUGUGACACCUACUGCCUCGCUGAGCGAGGAGGGCAAAGCCGCAGCCGACUCCCUGGAGAAGGAAGCCCGAAUGGAAGGGAACACCAUGGUGAACAACAUCGAGCUGUCCAUCGUGGAAGAUGAUGAAGAGUACGGGGUGCCUCUAGAAGUUCCUAGCCAGAAACUGUAUGAUGAGAGAAACAACCCGGUCAGCAGGGAAAUGGAACAAACUGAUGAAGAAACGACCCAAGCGGCUGUCCUGCAGAUAGACCAAACGGUGUAACCAGCCUGAGCCCACCUUCGCCUUCCCGAUACACACGGUUCUACUUCGGCGAGUAACUGGUUUCUGCUGCACAGGCAGUAGCGGCGAUUACGUUUCUUCCAUCCUCUUCUCUGCAGCGGUAAUUUAUUGCUUCGUAUUGGAACACAGAGUGAAGACGGUCCAUGCCACAGGCUGCAACACGCUCUGGUUUAGGCCAAUUCACUGGUGUUUAUUAAUUUAGAGAUGCUGUCAGCUGGUAUAAGAGACUAGGAGGAAAAGAGUACGUCUAGUAGAAGCAAGCUGGUCAACUGGCUUUCUUAUAGUUAGGUCAGAGGAAUGCAUGGAGCGUAGUCAAAAACCAAACAUUUCUGUGUUCUUCUCCAUCAGUAUUUCACAGCACUGUGAGUAGUUUUUAUGUCAAUGUAGAAAUACCAAGAACAUUUGAUUUUGGUUUCUAUGCUGCACUCCGUGAAUACUAACAGCCUCAGUAAUGUGCACACACAUAGUUUGUUUGGGGCUUUGCUCCAUGAUGCUGCAGCCCCAGAAGAGCCAAGUAUUUUAAGGGCAAAGCUGAAAAGCUGGUUUCAUUAAUUUCAGUGGGGAAAAAAGAUUUUUGCCAGAAGCCUCUUGCUAUUCACUUAGAAUAAAUGACUAUGUUUGAGUGGAAAUGAAAAGAUUAUAGAGAGUUAUAGAAACACAUUAGUGACAAGGAUGAAUGUGUUAUCAGCUACUGUAUCUUUAAGGGAUCAGAAACUGGGAAGAAUAAAAAAAGGAAUUUGACAGAAACACCCAGAUAGUCUGAAGAAAGUAAGAAACACUAUGAAAUGUAAAAAAAAAAAAAAAUAAAAAUAAAAAUAAAAUAAAUCUAUACUCUCAGCUUAAAGAAUAUAUACUCAGAAAACACUAAUUCAUUCUUAGUCUUUAUAGCAUAUACUAUCAAACUUGCACCUGGCACAACAUUGUAUCUCAGAGUAUUUUGAAAAUAGCAUAAUUUAUCUUUUUACAAAUUAUUUCAUAUAUAGAGCUAUAUCUACACAGAUGAACUAGAUAAUUACAGGGAUGUAAGGGCAAUUUUUCCAAAAAAAGGUGAAAUACUCUUUAGGCACAUCUAAAGGGAACAAUGUGUUACAGAUUGAACUUAUAGCAGGGAUGAGUUUACGUAAGGAUGAGUCUGCAAAGCCACAGGAUUUGAUUCUCUGCUAAUAACUUUGAUCAAAGCCACCUACCUGCUCUCAAAAUUACAAGUCUGUAAUUUUUCAAAAUUCACUGCAAAUGGGAGGCUACAGGGUAGUUUGUCCACCGUGAAUGUUUAUUCCUGUCACGUAACAAAGGUAAGGGGGAGAUGAGGAAAGGGAAGCACAAUACCCACAGCCGUUGCCUUACAUCCUUGUUUGUUUAUGCAGUGGGUUUAUUUUUAUUAUAUAUACAUAUAUAUAUUAUAUACAUAUAUAUAUAUGUAAAAUUCUACUGAUACUUAACAUUGCACUAAAAGGUUGCUUCCUUCAACUUGUAUUUAGAAUCACAAACUACAGGGGAAAUAAAAAUUGUAGCAAAACUGCCAUUAUGAAAUGAUUAACAGAUAUUACUCCACAAGGGGAAUACCUGUAACCAGUAAAUCACACUGGAAAUUAGUCAAUAAGAACUUAGUGUAGGCAAGUGCUAUUAAGAGUUAAACUCUUAAGUGUAUGGUAUCAUAUAGGAGAUACUGUUUGUUAGAAAAAAAUCAUGGUAUAACCUGUGCAGCUAUAUUUUUAUUUUGUAUUAACUACAAUGGAUUUAAACCAUUUUUACUUGUAACUAACUCCAAAUAUGGCAAAUAAAAGCAUAACAUAAAACACA